CGCAGCUCCUCAGGCUCCUGGGGUGGAGUCCAAAUCACUCAUUGUUUGUGAAAGCUGAGCUCACAGCAGAAUAAGCCACCAUGAGGCUGUCGGUGUGUCUCCUGCUGGUCGUGCUGGCCCUUUGCUGCUACCAGGCCAAUGCCAUGGUCUGCCCAGCUCUUCUUUCUGAGAUAUUGGGCUUCUUAUUCAUUGACGAACCUGUGUUCAAGUUACAACUUGCCAAAUUUAAUGCUCCUCCAGAAGCUGUUGCAGCCAAGUUGGAAGUGAAGAAAUGCAUAGAUCAGAUGUCCCUCAAGAAACGAGGCCCAAUUGAAGUAGCCCUGUUGAAAAUCGUGGAAAAAUGUAACAAGUGACAUG